GAACGCGUAGCCGCUCCGAUGUGAAAGGGUAUGCUGGUCUCGUGAAUCAGACUUCUUAUGUAGGCUCUCUCUUUUUUCUGUCGCUCCGGUCUACUUUUCCUUUGUCAAACUCACUUCUCAAUGUCUUGGAGACAUAAUUGCCAAGUUCUUGAGCGCAGCAUGCAGGGAUUUCAACAUGCUUGGAUAAAAAGUUUUUGACAGCUCCGAUUUCGUGAUCUAGUUCUGGGGAGUUUCGGACCUGAUCCGAUUCUAGGCUACUGCUUUGCAUCCCGCAUCCUGUCAAUCAAUCGUAGACAGCAUAGUUUGGUCGUGUCAUUUCCGUAAUACAAUCCGAACACAUUUUCCCCAAAAACGGGCAAACAUGACAAACUGGAGUUGGAAUAACUUUGCAUUUCUGAUUGCUUGUUAUGUCUUGUCCAUGUCCGUUGCAACGAGCAAUACAGACAACACACUCCUGAAUUUACAUGACGGCAACAGCUUGAACCAGAGUGUGCUGCACAGUGCCGUCCCUGAGCCCCAACGCUAUGACACCACGGUACCUUUCCUGCUGGAAGGGCCGGAGCGCAAACCACUCAGCCAGCUCACGUCCAGGAGUUAUCCUGCCUCACUGAGGCUGGUGGUGGAGGCGGAAGGUGAAAAACUGGUCCUGGCACUACAAAAAAACAAGGGCCUGUUUGCAAGUCAUUAUACUGAGACACAUUACCUGGAGGAUGGGAGUCCCGUCACUGGUGCUCACAACUCUACGAAGAACUGUUACUACCAUGGAGAAGUGGAAGGCCACGCUAACUCUGACGUCACUCUCAGCACCUGCUCUGGCCUCCGGGGUCUCAUCUCACUUGAAAAUAAGACCUUCAUCCUUGAACCAUCGUUGGACCAGGACAAUUAUACACACAUCAUUUACCGAGGGGAAAACCUCAACCUGUCCUCUGGAACCUGUGGUCAUGGCUUCAACAUGUCCUCUCUUACACCUGACAACCAUCUAAGAAGCCCUUUCAGAACAUUCAGUACCAGGCACAAGAGGCACGCUCAGAAGACUACCAAAUACGUAGAGCUGAUCAUCGUUGCAGACAACAGAGAGUUUCAGAAACAGGGGAAGGAUGUUGAGAGGGUGAAGCAGAGACUGGCAGAGAUAGCCAAUUACGUGGACAAGUUCUACAGGGUCCUGAACAUCCGCGUGGCCCUGGUGGGCCUGGAGGUAUGGAGCGACUCUGAUAAGUGUCCUGUCACUCAGGACCCCUUCAACACCCUGCAUGAGUUCCUAGACUGGAGGAAAGUCAAACUGCUGCCUACAAAAUCGCACGACAACGCUCAGCUCAUCAGUGGGGUGUACUUCCAGGGUACCACCAUUGGCAUGGCUCCCAUCAUGAGCAUGUGCACAGUGGAGCAGUCUGGAGGCAUCGUCAUGGACCAUUCGGAAAAUCCCCUGGGUGCAGCUGUGACUUUAGCACACGAGCUGGGGCAUAACUUUGGCAUGAACCACGACACCCCGGAGCGGGGGUGUGGCUGCAGGAUGACAGUGGACCGUGGGGGCUGCAUCAUGACCCCCUCCACUGGGUAUCCAUUUCCUACUGUGUUCAGCACCUGCAGUAAGAAGGACCUGGCAGCCAGUCUGGAGAAGGGAGUGGGGAUGUGUCUGUACAACAUGCCUGAGGUCAAGGUGCUCUACGGGGGACAGAAGUGUGGCAACGGAUAUGUGGAGGAGGGAGAGGAGUGUGACUGUGGAGAGCUGGAGGAAUGCAUGAACCCCUGCUGCAAUGCCACCACCUGCACCCUGAAGGGAGAUGCCGUGUGUGCACACGGACAGUGCUGCGAGGACUGCAGGCUGAAGCCUGCUGGCACACCGUGUAGAGAAUCCAGUAACUCCUGUGAUCUGCCAGAGUUCUGUACUGGUGCCAACCCCCACUGCCCUGCCAACGUGUACCUGCAUGACGGGCACUCUUGCCACAAAGUGGACGGAUACUGCUACAACGGCAUCUGCCAGACCCACGAGCAGCAGUGCAUCACACUAUGGGGACCAGGAGCCAAACCUGCCCCGGGGAUCUGCUUUGAGAGGGUCAACUCGGCAGGAGAUCCUUACGGGAACUGUGGCAAGGACUCCAAAGGAUUGUUUGCCAAAUGUGAAGCCCGAGACGCAAAGUGUGGUAAAAUUCAGUGUCAAGGAGGGGCCAACCGGCCUGUGAUUGGCACCAAUGCCGUCUCCAUAGAAACCAACAUCCCUCUUCAGGAAGGAGGGAGAAUCCUGUGUCGGGGGACGCACGUUUACCUGGGUGAUGACAUGCCUGACCCUGGACUGGUUCUGGCUGGCACCACGUGUGGAGAGGGCAUGAUGUGUCUAAAUCGUCAGUGCCAGAAUGUCAGUGUGUUUGGUGUGCACCAAUGUUCAGGGAAGUGCAGCGAACGAGGGGUGUGCAACAACAAGAAGAACUGCCAUUGUGAGGAGCACUGGGCCCCUCCCUUCUGUGAGAGGGCGGGGUUUGGAGGCAGCCUCGACAGCGGACCAAUGAGACUGUCAGAUGUGCGUGUGUGUGUAUUAAUGUGCGUGUUGUCGUAUGUGACGUCAGCCGACAGCAGGGGGGUUGCCGUGGCGAUCCUGGCCACCCUCCUCAGCCUGAUGGGUGCUGGGUUCCUGGUAUUUCUCAAGAGGAAGACUCUGGUCCGUCUGCUCUUCACCAACAAGAAGACCACCAUGGAUAAACUGAGGUCUGUUGGAUCCACCAGAGCAACCAGUCCCAGCCAGACUCAGUCCAUGUACAGUUCACGACGCAAGCCCCCAGCCAAGCCCCCAGCCAAGCCUCCAGGUGCCAGCGUAUACAAGCCAUCCCACCAGAGUUUGGAGCCUCUCCUCCCUUCACACAGUUUACAUUCCCACAGCUUACGGCGGUUGCCCAACUACCAGCCCAUCCACAUCAGCCACCCCAUGCCUGUCUCCCUGAGUGUGGGACAGCAACCUCUGCCCCCAGUCCCACCCCACCACAGGGCCCUGCCGGCCCACACUGCCCUCUCCCCACCGCGGGCACCACCCUGCCACAGCCUGCCCAGACAGCAGCCCUACAGGAUAGACCAGGACCGUGAGAAGCCCAGUCCGCCCCAGAAGCCCCUGCCUGCAGACCCUCUGGACAGGCGUGUUUGGGUAGAAAGCAGCACCUCGGUGGUGGGGGUCCGCCUCCCUGGACCCAUCCCUAUCCCCAUCCCCACCGUGCCCAGGACCCUGCUCACCAUUCCAAAACCAAACAGACCUGCACCCAUACAAUCCCAGAGACUGCCUAAGACUCAUCAUUUCGACCGCUGAUCACAAAGAAAUGGAGAUGGAAUAGUGGGGUGCUCUAUGGAUGGAGACCCAUAUUUGCACUACAGGACUCUACCAGACCUUUGCAACUUUGAAAGGGUCUCAGAGUUUUGGGAAAAGGGGACUGACUUCAAACAUUGGUGCUAUGCCUCUGAAAGGUGCUUUUGUUGUUCUCGCUCAGGUACAAAUGAACUAUUUAAUGUCUAUACCUUGUAAAUCACUAAGCAGCAGUGUUAGGGACUGGGAAUUUAUGUUCAGUUUGUCGAUAAUAAGAACUGCUUUCGCACUCCAAGGCAUCCACUCACUUCAUAAUCUGCAACAGUGUCGGACUGACAUGUUGGAGAUGUCAAUUGCGGUGUGUUUCGACCACAGGUGGUUGGUUGGUGGCACCUUAAUUGAGCAGGACGGGCUUGUGGUAAUGGCUGGAGCAGAUUAAGUUGAAUGGUAUCAAAUACAUCAAACACAUGGUUUCCUUGUGUUUAAUGCCAUUCCAUUUGUUCUGUUCCAGACAUUAUUAUGAGCCUUCCUAGGCCAAAACCUAGGAAGAAACCUAGAGAGGAACCAGGCUAUGAGGGGUGGCCAGUCCUGGCUGUGCCGGGUGGGGAUUAUAACAGAACAUGGCCAAGAUUUUCAAAUGUUCAUAAAUGACCAGCAUGGUUAAAUAAUAAUAAUCACAGGAGUUGUCGGAGGUGCAGCAAGUCAGCACCUCAGGAGUAAAUGUCAGUUGGCUUUUCAUAACCGAUCAUUCAGAGCAUCUCUACCGCUCCUGCUGUCUCUAGAGAGUUGAAAACAGCAGGUCUGGGACAGGUAGCACGUCCGGUGAACAGGUCAGGAUUCCAUAGCCACAGGCAGAACAGUUGAAACUGGAGGAGCAGCACGGCCAGGUGUACUGGGGACAGCAUGGAGUCAUCAUGCCAGGUAGUCCUGAGGCAUGGUCAUAGGGCUCAGGUCCUCUGAGAGAGAGAAAGAGAGAGAGAGAAAGAGAGAAUUAGAGAGGGCAUAUUAAUAUUCACACAGGACACCGGAUAAGACAGGAGAAGUACUCCAGAUAUAUCAAACUGACCCUAGCCCCCUGACACAAACGACUGCAGCAUAAAUACUGGAGGCUGAGACAGGAGGUGUCAGGAGACACAUACAUGAUCUUUAUUCAUAUGUACCCUAAUAUGAGUUAAUUGACAGGGUAUUGGACCCAAGUAUAUAACUACAGUACCACAGAUAAAAGUAUCUCUGACCUUGAAGUUUUUCUCCGCUGGCGAACUUCAACACGUUUACAAACUUACAAAUGAUUUUGGGCUCUUACAUGCCCUUAAUAGUUCAUGUUGUGACCACAGGCUUGAAGGAUAUGCUGUAGUCACCGCUUUCAUAAAUACUCAACUCUCUUACACACAGUUUGGAGUAUUUGCUGGCAGUUGUGCAAUACGCAAUGCUCCCAGCGGGGCCAGGAGAGUCUAAAAUGAGCUGACACUGCUGGGUUCCAGAGAAUCACAGCAACACCAAAUAAUGCAAUAUAACGGCUGGUGGAGGAGCGUGCUACACUUCAACUCACUUGAUGCUGUGGUGUCAAGAUGACUUCAGUGUUGUGAAGAGUCCAAACCCCACUUAGAUGGUGUCCAAUGUUUUAUUCAUUUUUAUCUUUUCAAAGUUUACUCAGACAAAAGUAUGCCAAAGUGGUUUACUUUACGAGGUAAUUGCCGGUACUUGACUUCAUGGUUAUCAUUAUUCAUUUACUAUUGGAGCUCGGUCUCACACAUUGGCACAUAACUCUCCUUGAGGUUUUCAAGACAAUUCCAAUUAAGUUGAAUUUGUCCUUUGAAACAUUACAGUCUUACAGCAAAUACAUCCAAUAGCUGUACUUAAUGUCCUGUUCUUUUCCCUUUAAACUUUACUUUACUUUAAUUUGCGGACUAAGUGACACAAUUGAUUUUCAAUACAUUAAAAUGUUGUCCAAAUUAAAGUAGAGACUGUGGGUACAUAAUGUCUUGGCCACAAUAUGGUUCAUUAAAUAUAGCUCUGAUGGGUGCUGAGUAAGAGUGUUCAUCAUACUGCUCAGUCCUCUGGCAUGGCACAGGGUGUGUGUGUGUGUGCGUGAAUGCCUGCGUGUGUGUAUGUUAGCAAGCUUACUAUAUGAAGUUAUGACCUCACUCUCAUAACUACUUUGUAAGGUUGUUUCAACAGGGGGGGGGGGGAACUUUUACAUUAAAAAGUAUUAAGUACAGCACCAAACAGGGGCACAUGUUGCAUUAUUGUAGGUUGUAAAACAACAUAUCAAACCUGGUCUGCAAUGUAUUGUGAUCACCAAUAUACUGUUGUGCUUUAAUUAAAUGGAUGCAUGUGUGUGUACUCAUAAUGCAGUGUAUGUCUUGUCGCUCAAUAGUGUGGAAUGCACUACUCGCUACUCAUCAGACUUGCAUUGUGUUGUUGCAUUUACACUGUCUAUGUUCCUUUUUUUUACAGAUUUAGAUCAACUGCUAUCAGCAUUAGUCAGAUCUUCAGGUCUAUUCACUUGUAAAAGUUGCUUUCUACAAAUGUAGUGUAUUUUUUGUUUCACUCUUACAUUUUCAAGUUAAAAGCCAUCGUACAGUUAGUGUAAAUAUAGUAUCUGUCAGCAAUCAGUAUUUUAUUUUACAAGAGCAGUGAGAACCACAAAGUGAUGGCUUCUCCUGUUCAAUAAAACAUGUUUUUUUAUUAUUAUUAUUGAACUCCAUUUGGAAUGAGGAUUAUGGUAAAAGAUUGGAUUCUGGAGCAGUUGGAGUACUUGAACAUUAUUGCAGAGCCAAAUAAAUGAGAUUUCUCUUAUGCUGUUCA